CUGUCAGAGCGGCAAAGAUGGCGGCGGCGCCGCUGCUGGAGUUGGAGUCGCUGGAGAAGACGCUGGGGCUGCGGGGACGGAGCAAACUGGGGCACGGCCAGAGCGGUAGCACGAUCCCUGUGCUACAGACCAAUAAUGGACCUAGUUUAGUGGGGUUGACUACCAUAGCAUCCCAUCUCGUAAAAGUGGCCAAAAAGGAGGCCCUCUUGGGAAGUACGGCAGAGAAGAGCGCUAUAGUUCAUCAAUGGCUCGAAUAUAGAAUCACUCAAAUAGAUAGGUGUAAUAGUCAAGAGGAUGCAAGGAUGGUUUUAAAGGAACUCAAUUGCUACCUUGAAGAUAAAGUAUACCUGGCUGGAAACAGUUUGACGUUAGCAGAUAUCAUGGUGUACAAUGGUCUUCAUCAUAUUGUGGCCGAACUAACCCACGAAGAGAGAGAGAAAUACAUGAAUGUGUCUCGGUGGUUCAAUCAUAUCCAACACUAUCCAGGAGUCCGACAGCACUCUGCCGCUGUCAUCUUCAUGAAGAAUAGACUCUAUUCUACCGUCCACUAGGAAAGCUGCAUACAGUCUUCAUGAGUCAUGCUGAAUCUGAACAUCUGCUUGUCAGCAUUGAAAUAGUGAGGGUUGACGGCACAUUUGCUGAUUCCAGCACAGAGGAAUGGGCCUCUUGUUCUUUUGUCUGCCUGUUGUGUCUGCUUUUGGUGAAAAUGUAAUGCACAGCAAAUUAUUUUUUAAACUCCAUUUUUUUUCUUAUUUAACUCCAAAAUCAGGUAGCGUGUCAAUGUUACAGGCUUUGUCUGCUUUCUGUACUAACUCAUGUUAAAAUGGCUAUGCAAAGUUAACAUGAGUCUUAUUUCUGACCAGAACCUUCCACUUCGGAUGGUGCAGUGAGCUAGAAUUGUCAAGCUUAUUCGUUUUAUAAAGGGCGUUUUUAGUGUAAUUCAAUCACUAAAGGAGUCUAGCGGUUCACAUUGUGAAAGGGAAAUGGCUGGAAGUAGAUUGGACUGUUAUUUUAAUAAAUAAAUGCCACUUGCUGGUGGUUAACAAUGUGGUCUCACACUGUGCAUGUCAUUGGGGAAAGAUUCUUUAACUACUGUACCUAAUGCUGGUGAUGAAUUGGGCCGUGAUAUUACACUAACCCUUUGCUCUGGAGCAUUAUAUCUAACUGCUUUAAAUGAAAGGGUGCUGUUGAACUUGCUUUCCUAAAUAUUUCAACCAGCUAACAGCUUGCUUUCUUGUUAAUUACGGCUCAAAUUCCAUAACCAACCUAUCUUGUGUAGUUUUACAUUAUUAAAUUAUAUAUUGUUUACAUCAUUUUUAAUUUGAGAUUGGUGAAGAAAUGCCAAUUUGGAAGGACUUGUCAAAGGAUGCCAGCAACCUUAGCUCAACUGUGAAGAUCCUUAACUUCUGAUUGCACCAUUUGACGCAGUUUUACAAUGGUAAUUUCAAAGUAAGUGUAUGCAGUGUUCAUUUGACAGUAAAUGAUCAAUAUUUAUUGGUGUCUGGAACGCAUACUAAUGUACAUGAAAAUAAAUCAUAAAUUUGAACAAA